AUACAGCAACUGCGCACUGAUUCAGGGCUUGGCCGCCGUCCGGAUGGAUCUGUUGUUGCCACGGAGGCUUGGUGGAAAGCGAACACAAUGGGCCAUCCUGAGUGGAAAAAACUGCAGUCCGGUUGGCCUAUUUACCUUGACGAGUUGGACCGCAUGUUCAUGGGUGUUGCCGUUGAUGGGUCGAGUUCAUAUGUGCCUGGAGAUGAGGAUCCUGUGGACGUCACCCCAAAUGAUGAAGAGGAAGAUUCAGAGGACGAUCAUGGCCUCCAGACCCCGCAGAGCACAGGAAGCAAGAGGACACGAGACAGCUCGCAAAGCGUACGCAGUACUGCUACGAGCCCCAACAAGAAGACGAAGAGCCCCGCAGUCCGAGCCAUGGUGUCCCAAAUGCAGCUGCACAACGAGAUACAAACCCAAAGGAAUGUAGCCAUGGAAGGUUUCAUGUCGAAGAGGCUGCAAGUGAAGCAGGCCGAGGAAGCAAAGAUGGAGAAACAGUUUGACACCAUAAUGGAAGCGGCAAGGGACUGUGGUGUUACCGAGGACAAUGCGCAGCUGUGGAUUGGUGUGCUCAAGAUUGCUCAGGACAAGGGUGCAUCUUACUUUUUCCUGCGCUCCCUUCCGCAUGGAAGGAAGGCUCUUAUUGAGCACUACGCUAGGGAAGGGGUUCAUUGCUCAGAAGAGGGAAACGAAGCUGCAGAUUCAGAUGAGGAAUUUGAAAACUUCAUGAUAACACAAUUCAUGGAUGAUUCUGCAGACAUUGGUUUCAUUUAUGGUGUUUGGUGCUGCAGGCAAAUACUAUCUGGUGGACUCGGGGUACCCGAACCGACCGGGUUACUUGGCUCCUUACAAGGGCAGCAAGUACCAUCUCCAAGAGUUUCAAAACGCCAACGAACCUUAAGGUAAAGAGGAGAUGUUCAACUACGCAC